AUGGCUCUCCGCCCAGCUGACGAACACGAUCCCCUUGCUGACACCCGGCUUCCCCCCCACCCCCCGGCAGAGGAGCACCACGCGGACGGGUUUGACGCGGCAUCUUUCUUCGCGCUCCACGACUUUGACGCCGACGGCAACUGGGAGGGCGAGGAAAUCCUGCGGACGUACGGGCUGAUGGACGAGUCGAACAAGGAUGUGCCGGAACAGCGUCGGGUGCAGAUCGUGCAGGAGAUCUUGGGGCUGAUCGACACCAACCGCGACGGCCGCAUCAGCCGCGACGAGUUUGUGCGCUUCAUCGAGACCGACGGCAAGACGCUGCCAGAUAUGGGCACGGGGCCCGGCCACCACGGCGACGACGAGUACGAGUACGAGAUUCACCAUUGGGAGAAAUACCACGACGAGAACACGAAGCUCGAAGACCUCACGCACCCCGAGGACAUUGAGCACUUUAAGAAGCACGAGCAGAUGGAAGCCGAGCAAGAAAGAUUGGAGAAAAUGAGCAAACAGAGCAUCAUCGAGUCCAACAUCCCGUCCAAGUUCCGGCGGGGGAAUUAA